UCCAAACAAGUCAACUAUGCGAUAAAGUAAAAUGUUAAGGAGGACACGUGAAAAUAAAAAUGUAAAAAAGGGAAAGGAAAAGAAAAUAAUAAUGAAAAGACCAAACAGCCUGAUAAAAACGCUAACGUCUUUAACCAACUCAAAAUGCGGGCCGAUUGUUCACAUCAGGAUUCAGAUUCUCUCUCAAUCUGCAACCUUUUCCUAAGUACCCGGGGAAGAAAGGAUUGUAAGCAUCUCUCUCAACUGAUUUCUGGCAAUUUUAGCUCUCCUCUUCGAUCUUCAGUAAUGCGCUCUCCUCAUUUUUCAUUUUUGAAAUGAAUGAUUUAGCUUUUCCUCUUCUUUAAUAUAGUAUGUAUAUAUAUAUAUAUAUAUAUAUAUAUAUAUAUUCUGGCCUCACAAUCUUUAGGAUAUGCAUAAAGGGACAAACUUUCCCUUUUCUUUAUGUUUAAUUUUGGUUUUUAAAUGUGGGUUUUUGUUUUGUGUUCCUAAUGUUUCCUUUGUCGGCUUCGUUAGCUUCAAGAAUCACGUGGGUUUGAAUGAUUUUUUAUUUGUAUUUAAGAAAAAAUGAUUUUAUCUAUGUCGAUUUGGUAUAAUAUGCAACUGUUUGAUCGUUGAUUUUGUCGUAGAUGAUGUUUGUGAUAAUCUUUUCAGAAGUUGUAUCAGAUUGAGCAUGACCUAUCCUUGUUUUUAUGAGUUGAAACUUGAUUUCAAUGAAAUUAGUAGAAUGGACUUUCUACUUUAUCAUAUUGAAUUCUACCUGGAAAUAUUAUUCUCUUCCCAAGAUUAUAAGGGUUUAUCGAUAGACUGUUUUUCUUGAUUUGUUGACAGCAGACACAGUUGCUCUAAUCUUACUUCAAUGCUGAUCAGAGAUGGUUAUUUGUUUUUCAACCACUCAGGUUUUUGUGGUACCUCAUUGAUGACCGGAACUCAAGUUGCUUAGCUGAUUCCUGCACUCCAAGUCUCCAACUAUUAAGUUCUAAUUCCAGUGUUGAAGCAGUUACCUGUGCGCAUUAGAGUCAUCAAGGGGGAAGGUUCUUAAUUUUUGGUCAAUCAUGCUUAAGAUUCCAGAAAAUCAGGUUGCUGGUCACUUUGCUCGUAAUGGGAAGCUAGGACCGCUUGUAGAUGGUUCUGGGCGUUUUUACAAGCCUUUACAAGGUGGUGAUCGCGGGUGUUCUGAAGUUUCAUUCUACACUUCAUUUUCUCUAGACGGUAGAAUCCCAGAUCACAUACGAAGAUUCUUUCCUACUUUUUAUGGCACUGAGCUCGUGGAGGCAUCUGAUGGUUCUGGACUAAAAUCUCACCUAGUUUUGGAAGAUUUUACUGCUGGUCGAGUUAAUCCUUCUAUAAUGGAUGUUAAGAUUGGUUCCAGAACUUGGCCCCCACAAGCACCUGAGAAGUACAUAGCAAAAUGUGUGGAGAAGGAUCAUGGAUCAUCAAGCCUCUUGCUUGGAUUUAGAUUUUCAGGUUUGCAGUUUCAUAGUAUCAAUGAAACAGGAUUCUGGAAACCUGGUAAGAAGUCAAUUCAAGGUUUUUCUGCAGAUGAAGUUCAACUUGUUCUGAGGAACUUCGUAUCUUCUAACACGUCCAAGGAGUUGGAAUUGAAACCUGAUUGUGCCUUUGCAUCGGUUGUUUUUGGUGGUCCGACUGGGAUUUUGUCACAGCUACUCGAGUUGAAAGCAUGGUUUGAGGAUCAAACCGUUUACCAUUUCUUCUCUUCUUCGAUUCAUAUUAUGUAUGAAAAGCAGCUUGCUUUACAAGGGAAGAAUCCUAGGGCGGAAAUUAAGCUUAUUGAUUUUGCGCAUGUUGUGGAAGGGAGGGGCGUUAUCGAUCACAACUAUUUGGGGGGCUUAUGCUCUUUGAUAAAGUUUGUAUCGGAGAUCCUUAAGGUCACUAAUAAAGAAUGUCAGACAAAUGUUCUCCCGAAAGAUGCUCAGAGAGACCAUGAUAUGUCUGUGAAUGGGACAUACUGCUAAUGUCUCCAUUACUUUUCUGUUUCAUACUUUUCGUCUUUGAAUUCUCAAUUCUUUCCGAAUUAGUUGAAAAGAGAAACAGUGAUCUUUUUUGUUACCCAUGAAUUGUGUAGGGUUGAUUACGCAUCUGUGUGCUUGUUUAUUAGACAUCUCUGCAAUUUUCCUCCUGUUUUUGUUGUUCUUGAUAGGAGGAUUCAAUAGCUACAAGAGUUAGACCUAAACUGAAAAGUAAACGAGAAAGAAUUUUGCUGCACAAAGAGUCCUUUAAUCUAUGGCAUUAGAGCUGCAUAUCAGAGACACUUUUUAUAUUCAAUGUCAAUACUACACAAAAGAUCACCCCAGAAAUCAAUCUGGUCAGGCUUGCAGACAGUAUUACAUGGAAAUUCCAUGAUCUUCAUGCUUCUGGAGGAUUAUUAUUAAUCCAUUUCUUCACCGUGGUAAAUACUUAUCAAUUCAGGUAGAACUCCAGACCAGUUCAGGACAUACCUAUCCAAGAACAGGCGCUCAGAAAUGCUUAUAAAAGUACCAAAACUGAGAUUCUCCUCAACCAAAUGAUACCGAAUCAGGACCUGGAUAACCUUACAUCUUGGAAUAAUCCGUUUCUCCAGGUUGUACCGGAGGACGGUCGGCCAUCGGACGACUGCUGCAGGCUGCCAUUUCAUCUCAUUGAUUAAAAAACCCAUGGUGCUCAUGAUUUUCUUCUCAGAGCAGUCCAUACACAGUGGCUGAGUCCUGAAAAUGGUUAAGAUAUCCUCAUCGGAAAAACCCCACCUCUGAUAAAUUUCCAUCACAGGCUCAAUAUCUUGGUUUUGGAAUCUGCAAAGGGCUUUCACAGCCUGAACAAAUUGUCCCACUUUCGGAUUAAAUCCCAUCUCAACCGCUUUAUCAACACAGUUCUGGAAAUUCUCCAGGCUCAAAUGGGCCACACUUGUGUAAUGCACCAAAAACAAACAGAUAGCCGAUUCCGGCACCCCGAGAGACCUCAAAACCUCAACUUUGGGACCAAUGAUUUUCUCCUCAUCAGUCUGGAAAAACUUCCAGUAAUUCUUCAUCAUCUUAACAAUGUCUCUGUCUUUCAAAUUCAGAGUCUUGAGGUAAUUGUAGCUGGGGAUGAGCCUUCCUUUCAGGCUGCUUUCUAAAAUCGAAGGGUUGAGGGUAAUGAUGUCGGGAAGAUCGGUCGGUGAGACGCCGAUGGAGCGUAAGAACUCGAAUUUGGGGACCAGGAUUUUGUGUGGGUCCAGCGUGAGCGCUCGCGGGCGCAAUGUCUGGAGUUUUGCGAUGUGGGCAUCGCUGAAUCCGUAAUCCCUGAGAACAGAUUCCGUCAGCUCGGCUUUAUACAGCUUUUUCUUGCUUCUCUCCGGAGAUGGCGGUUUCUCGGCGGUUUCCGGCUGAAUUGCGAGAGAAGAAGAGACUGGGUAACUGCUGCUCCGGCGGUGGUUGAAGGUGGGGGUUGGAGAUAAUGCGAAGUAGAUGAAGCAGGUGGCGUUUUGGAGUCCAUGGACGGUGGUGGUGGUGGAUUUUGGCCGGAAAAGUACCCUAUUUAGGCAAACCGAAGAUAACAUCAUGCCCCCAACCAGUUGGAUGAGUGGAGGGCCGGAGGUAAUGCUGUUAGUGAAAACGGCGUCGCAUCAGGGCGGCGUGGCCAGUUUGUCCGCCACGGCACCGGGAAUUUAGUGCGCCGGAAAAAGGAAGAUAGGGUGGGGCAAUUGGGCCGUGGGGUUAUGAUAUUUUUCAGCGUCCAACUGGGUUUUGGAUUGAAAGCCAACAGAGAUAUUUUUAAAUUACCUGUAUUUCAAUUUUCAUCAUUAUUUCUCAUCUUUAUUCUUCUCCUUCUCUUUCUUUUUUCUUUUGGGUUGCUAUUUUACAAGGAAGGCAACAUUUAUGGAAUAUGGUUAAAAGCCAUAAGUUUUUCCAAUAAGAGGUUAUAUUCUGCACGUAUUAGAGGAAUAAAUAUUGGAUCGAGUGGUUUGAAUUCUAGUGAUUCGCCCAGAGAUACUUUAGAUGGAGAUACACAUAAUAAUAUUGCUAAUGUUAAACAGUGUUGAUUUGAAGAAUAAACAUUGGAUCAAAGUGGCUUUGAUCAUUUUGGAUUGAUGAAAGUUUUAACGCAAUUCAGG